CCCUUUUGCUUUCCCACAGUUACAUUGCAAGCUCUUUGCAAAAAUGGGGGACGACCGACCUUUUGUUUGCACUGCUCCUGGCUGUGGGCAGAGGUUUACUAAUGAGGACCACCUUGCUGUCCACAAACACAAGCACGAAUUGACCCUGAAGUUUGGACCUGCCAGAACCGACUCGGUCAUCAUCGCAGACCAGACGCCAACUCCCACUCGUUUCCUGAAGAACUGCGAGGAAGUGGGCUUGUUCAAUGAGCUGGCCAGCUCCUUUGAACAGGAGUUUCGCAAGGCCCAAGAAGACGAUGACAAGAAGGCCAAAAACCCGCUGCCGGCUCCUAACUCCACAGCCUUGGACAUGAGCCUCCAGACUCCCUCGGAUGUGAAGGUGAAGGAGGAGGAGCCCGUGGAGGUAGACUCCUCUCCCCCCGACAGCCCGGAUUCCAUCGGAAGCAUGUCGGACAGCAACCAGGCCCCGGCCAGCAAAAGAGAGGGUUCUUCUCCUAAGCCGGCUGUGAGUUCGGCACCCACCCCCACCAUUGUGCGGCCUGGAUCCCUGCCCCUGCACCUGAGUUACGACGCCCUCCAGCCCACCAUGCCCUCGCCCACGUCCGUCAUCACUCAGGCCCCGCCUUCCAACCGUCAGCUCGGAUCACCCACGGGUCCAUAUCCAAUGAUGAUGCACCUUCCUAACGGUCAGGCUGUUCCCGUGCUCCCAGGCCCUGUGCAAAUGCCUUCAGUUAUAUCUUUGGCAAGGCCGAUGUGUAUGGUACCAAACAUUCCUGGAAUCCCUGGGCCUCCACUAGGGGGCAGCAGCAGCGGCUCAUCUUCCCCUUCAGGCUAUAACGCUCACUCUGAAGCUAAGAUGAGGCUUAAGGCAGCACUGUCCCAGCAGACGCCUGCAGCUCAGGGCUGCGUGGGCGUGGCCAUGGGCUCCAGUGCCCUGGUGCCUCAGAGAAUGGAACAAAGCCAGUUAUUAGUGCAGCACCCUGAUGCUCCCUCCCCAGCGCAGCCCCAGGUUUCUCCAGCCCAGCCCACCGGGGGCCGGCGGCGACGGACCACGGAGGACGACCCAGACGAGCGGAGGAAGCGCUUCCUAGAGAGGAACCGGGCGGCGGCCUCACGCUGCCGACAGAAACGCAAGCUGUGGGUCAGCUCUCUGGAAAAGAAAGCGGAGGAGCUGACGUCCAUGAACGUUUCUCUGUCUAAUGAGGUGUCUCUCUUACGAAAUGAAGUUGCUCAUCUGAAACAGCUGUUGUUGGCCCAUAAAGACUGUCCAGUCACCACCUUACAGAAGAAGAGUGCUUACUUGGGAGAAGAGAGCGUGAAAGAGGUGUCGGAGCCCACAGGUUCUCCAGCACCCGUCAUCCAGCACAGCUCUCUGGCCCCGAGCCCCUCAUCCGCGGGGGGACCCAACGGGCUGAGUGCCCGCGCGGCAGCUGAGGCAGUGGCCAUGUCGGUGUUGGCGGGGAUGGGCAGCCAGCGGAGCGAGAGCGGGCCGUCCCACAUCAUCAUGGCCUCACAGUCCCAGCCCGCCGCCAGAUGAUGAGCGACUCGAGCGCCAACACGCCGCACGGGACUCAGCACACGCUUUGGGGAGGGGGGUGGGGGGUGGGCACGCGGAAUGAGAAAGGAGCGAGGGGGAGACAGAGCAGGCUCUCUCUCCCUCUCCCUAGCCCUCUCAUGUUGUCAUUCUGUCACACUCUGGCCUGGAGCUCUGCAGCAUUCUGGGAAUGAACUGGGAGCAGUGAGAGAGAGAGAGAGUAAGAGCGAGAGAGAGAGAGAGAGAGAGAGAGAGAGAGAAAGAGGAAGAGGGAUUCCUGUUCACUAUGCCAUAGACUACAGGGGCUGGACUCCAACAUACUCAAUCUCCCAUAAUUCUCUACCUGCCUCUGCCUCACCCUUCCAUGUUUUCCCUGAUCUUUACUGGACUGUAAGGGUACAUCUCACCAAGUCGUCGAACUGUCGCUUGGACCUGCCGCACGUGGAAGUCACGUCACACGAGUACCCCUGCAUGGUCAUAUGCACAUAUAAACACACACUCACAAUUCAACAUGGACUUUGGCUUUUCACACAGGUUUUUUAAUGAUCAAUUGGUAGUCGACGUAGUGUACUUGAGUGGUGUAUGUGCUUUCACUUGAUGCCGCUGGAAUGGUUUUCUCACUGCAGUGCACAUUCAUUCUUUCACAUAAAGAGAUGCUGUGCUUUAUGAUUGA